AUGGCAGACAUUGAAACACUAGAUUUCUCUGAUCAAACGCUUCUCGCGGACUUACUGUCUGCAUUCCGAGCAGUAAAAGUUCCGGGCGGCGAUGACCAAUACCUACUAGAACGCAUCGAGAAAUGGAUUGCGGCUCACAAGAUUCCGCAUCAGGUGAUUUUUCAGAAACUAGUUAUACACACAGCAAAAAAUGUAGAAUUCGCUUGUCUCCUCGGAAUAUUUUAUCAUUAUGCUAUCGGAACACCACAAAACCCUACAAAAGCUUUCGAGAUGUAUAAGCUCGCUUCAGAAAACAAUGAUGCAUUUGGGCAGAAUCAGGUCGGAUGGUGUUAUAUCAAAGCAUUUGGAACCGAUAUAGAUUUCAAGUUAGGGUUCGAGUGGUAUCAGAAAUCAGCAGCUGGUGGUGACCAUUGUGGUGAAUGCGGCGUUGGGUACUGUUAUCGUAUGGGAUGUGGGACUGAGAUUGAUAUCAAAAAGUCGUUAUAUUGGUAUCGAAAGUCGGCAUUUGCGGGUGAGUGCACUGGUGAAUUUGGGUUGGCGUUUUUUUAUCGAGAUGGUUGGGGUGUGCCUAAAGAUGUCCAUCAGGCAAUCAAAUGGUAUGUUAAAGCUAAAGGCUGUUAUUCUUUUUGGCACUUGAGCCAAGUGAUGUAUCCGUAA